AUGGAGGUCUUUGUCCAUUUCGAAGGCACAGGGAACGUGGAGGAACUGGUUCAGGUCAACCUCCAAGGCACCGAUAGUAUUGCCCGGCUUAAGAAACAACUGGCUCUGCAGUGUGGGAUCGAUGAAAAUCGGAUACGCAGGGUGCUGUGCAAUGGUCAGGUCUUGAGUGACGCAGCCUGCAUCGGAAAAGAAUUUUCUCAUCUAGUAAGAGGCGAGACAAAGUUUGUUGGGCGCUUCUUGUACCCAAACUCCUGGACAACUGCGCUUGAUGGAGUGCUGAGACUGGAUCUGGACACAUCCUGGGGCCCACUACAUGCACUACAGCUGGAGACAAGCAAGUGGUGGCUGGGGGCACUGGUGUUCCUCAUUCUGCUUCUCAGCCUGCUUAAUCACUAG